AUGUCUCGACCUCGAGUAGGGGGCUCACGUUACCCUAGUUGGUUCUUUGGCCGUUCUCAAUCCCUUCGAAACCCUCAGUCCGACGAGAAGACGCCGUUAACUUCACCGGCUACGCCAAACACAAUUCCGAUCCCCUGCCAUGACAUUAGACUCGGAGACAUCCUGAUGCUUAAGGACAGCCCCUGCCGGGUCAUUCAAAUCUUGACAAGCGCCGCAACAGGUCGGUACACAUAUCGUGGCGUCGAUAUACUCACCGAGUACAUACAUGAGGCGACGUCAUUUGUGUCCAACCCAUCACCGAAUGUGGCCGUUCAAACCAUGUUGCGCCCGCGUUUGUUCCAGUACCACGCGGUAGUUAUAACCCAGAACAGCCUCACAUGCAUGAAUGAGACUGGCGAUGUCGUCGUCGAGAACAUGCGCGUUAUGGAUGGAAGCGGACUUUGGACUCGUUUAGCAACAGCAUGCGAAUGGGACAUCGACACUGUGCGAGUUCUAGCCGUGCAUUUCCAGAAUCACAAAAUAGGGGUUGACAUGAAGAUUGUGCAGAGGUCGAGGCGGUUUGGCGACCGACCUGCUACCGCUGGAACGGCUUCUGCAUAG